UCGGAGACUGAUGUUCGUACUGAUGUACGCAUGUGCAGCUUGUCGGAGAUGCAGAGCAAAGAUGUCGGGAAAACGUGGUGCGAAGAUUAAAUUAACGGAUUCGGCGAGAAAAAGGAAUAAAAGGGAAGCGAAUGCUAGGUUAAACAAAAACAAAAUAUAUAUUGGAGAUCAAUACGAUCGUUGGACGGAGCUGCGGACAAAAUUAUCCGUGAAAACAAAUAUCGAAGUUGCAAAGAUUCUGCUUGACAACUAUGAAGCUAAGGAUGAGCAAAAAUAUACAAGUGUUCCUGCUGGAAAAAACUUCAAACCCUGUGUUACAUCAACGCCUGGUCCACCAGCUUUGAAGAAAAUAUGUAUUGUUCAGUCUGAUUUGUCUGACAUUUCACCAGAUGAAGUGGGAAAAGAUGUUGAAAGUGCUAUGUCUGGCAUUGAGGAAAUUGCAGAACCUACAGAUCCAAGGACUAAGAGCUUUAAGCCAUUUUCAGACAGUUUUGUGGAUCCUUUUAGAUUGACAAUGAGUGCCUCUGAACUGACAUGCGAAGAAAAUGACUCUUCUGAUGAUGAAGAAUAUGAGCCAAGUUUCCACCUGUCUUUAAAACUUGACCAUGGUGUGACGCUAGAUGAGUCGGAUUCAGAAGAGAUUGAGGACGAUGAAGAAAAAUUUGUAGAACAUGCUGAGUAUAGUUGUCUACCAGUUAUACGCAACAAUGAUGAAAUUGAACAACUGGUCCAUGAUUGUCCAGCCAUGGUUUACAUUAAUCAGCUGAUUACCUUGGCAGAAACAGGAGUCCCUAAGAUUUGUAGGGUGAAAGGAUGUGAAGCUCAAGUUCACAUUUCAUCAGAAGUAGUGUCUUCAGCUGUGUACCUGAGAUGGGUAAUGAACGUCUGCACAAACAAUCAUGAGGCACACAAAUGGUGUUCGCAACCUCUUCUUAAUAGACGGGUUCACAGUGGGGAUGUUUUAAUCUCAGCAGCUUUACUGGCGUCAGGUAAUAAUUUUCAAAAGAUUUCCCUGUUUUUUAAGUUCCUGAAGCUCCCCAUUCUGUCUGUCUCAUCAUUUAUAAAGAUACAAAGAACCUAUGUCACUCCAACAAUUGAAGAAAUUUGGAAAAAGCAUCAGAAUGAUAUUCUAGAAGAAUUCAGAGGAAAAGAUGUUGUUGUUCUUGGCGAUGGUCGUAUGGACAGUCCAGGUCAUUCCGCACAGUACUGUACGUACACAUUUAUGGAAAAUGAAACCCACAAGAUACUGUGCUUAGUGACCAUGGACAAGAGAAUGACAGGAAGAAAAAGUGCAAUCCUUGAAAAGGCGUGUUUUCAGAAGGGCCUGCAGUUUCUCCUUGAAAAAGAAAUAAAUGUGGUGGAAGUGGUGACAGAUGCACAUGUGCAGAUUGAAGCUUUAAUGAAAAAAGAUUACCCAGAAAUAAAACAUUCAUUCGACAUCUGGCAUGGGUCAAAAAACCUUGGGAAAAAACUAAUAAAGACUGGACAAGAAAAAUCAAAAAAACCAAUAUUACAGUGGACAAGAGAGAUAGUAAACCAUUUUUGGUUUUGUUCCUCUGUAGCAAAUACAGAAGAAGAGUUUAUUGGCAUUUGGUUUGGAGUCAUACAUCAUGUUGUGAAUGAGCAUGAAUGGAUUUUGCCAUACAGAGCAGGAGCAAAAAGUUCAUGCCAGCAUGGUCCAUUAACAGAGGAAAGGAACAAAGAUUGGCUUGAGGCAGGAUCCCCAGCACAUGUUGCCGUGCGUGAAAUUGUUAGGGACAAAAGACUAAUAAAGAAGAUUCCUUACUACCUUAAUUGCCGAAGUACAGCCGCUUUGGAGAACUUUCAAAACCUUAUUUUGAAGUACUCAUCAAAGCGCCAUUCUUACACACCUCCAGUGUACAGAGCGAGAAACCUUGUUGCUGCACUGGACCACAAUGCAAAUUGUGACAGAGAAGCUGCCAAAAGAAAAGAUGGAUCACUAAGGCAUCAGCGGUACUACAGCAAAAAAAGUGGAAGAUGGUCUGCCUACCCAGUAAGAGAAGAAAAACAAUAUCCAUAUGCAACUGACAUCAUGAAACUGUGUCUUCAAAAUAGGAUUUUUGACCCUGUUGGUAUGAACAAGCCAGUUGUCCUUGAUGUGGAGGAUCCACGACGUGUGUCCGAGACCCUAGCUCCUGUUGCUCCACCACCAACUGAAUCUCUGGUGGCAGAGAAGAAAUCUCGAUUUCUCCAUGAGAGCAUUUAAUUAGUCAGAAUCAAGAAAAGAGACACGUCUCUGAUCUUGUUUAAUAUUGCAAUUUUGAACAUUUACCUGUAACAACAAGAAGUCGGUGAGCGAAUGCUCACUAGUAAUACCCCCACUCUGAUGUGAAUAUACACUCUCAUGUUGACAUCGAAUUCAUGCAAAAAUGAAUCCUACCAUAUGGCAUGCCUAAACAAAGAUUGUGCUAAAAUUUCAAGCAUCUGCGCAGAGUAGUUGCUGAGAAAACUGCGACGGAAAUUUGGUACAUACAGACGCAUGGAUAAACAGGAAGUUGACAUCGGAUUCAAACAAAAAUGAAUCUACCAUAUGGCUUGCCUAAACAAAGAUUGUGCUAAAAUUUCAAGCAUCUGUGAUGAGUAGUUGCUGAGAAAACUGUGACGAAAAAUUUGUUAGUGACAGACGCACGGAUAAACAGGAAGUUGACAUCAGAUGCAAAUAAAAAUGAAUCCCACCAUAUGGCAUGCCUAAACAAAGAUUGUGCUAAAAUUUCAAGCAUCUGUGAUGAGGAGUUACUGAGAAAACUGCAAAAAAAAUUGUUUUGGAGAGACACGGAACACACAGACAUACACACAAGGGUAAAACAGUAUACCCCCCACUCCUUUGGAGUUAUGCAAGCUACUUAUAACAAGGAUAAUGUUGCAAUCAAAAAACUUUUUAGAUUUAUGAUAUGCAAUUUUCUGAAUUGCUUGGAUACUUUGAACAUUUAUGUUAAUGCAGAAUUUUGUAAAUUUGUAAAUAAUACCUUUAACUCUGACACCCAAGUAACUCAUCAAUAGGUGUUUGAUACAGUCUUUUAAAUAUGACAUUGCAUGUUUUGCUUUUUUUGUUCUUUUCUUUUCACAUUGAUGAAUGAAAAAUGAUACAUAGUAUUUCAAAGA